AUGGGCAAAUCAUUUUAUGCUAUUGAACAAGAGAAAAUCAAAUCAAUUAUUGAAAUACCAUUAUUAGAAUUAGUUCUAACAUUUCUACCUCAUUUACAACCUAAUCAAACUUUAAUCAAUGAUACCUGGGAAAUAAUAGCCAUUAAAUUGAAUAAUACAAGGUUUAAGGAUCUAAUAGCAACGACGGAGAAGACGAUAGAUGAUAUUGAAUCAUUACCUGAAUUAAAUGGAGUAUAUUUGAAAGAUUAUUAUGACGAAUUAUACUCCAAAUUCAAAGGACGAUUAAUUUUUAAACUAACUUAUAGACCAAAUGAACCAGCUCAUAAUAAACGAGAUACUUUAAUAUGGAAAACUAAAUCAGAUGCAAUUUUAUAUGAGUUGAGUAAAAUUGAAUAUGCCAAUUUUGAAAUAAUGUCGACAUUGGCGAGAGAAAGACUAGAAGAAGCAUAUAGAUUAGACUACAAAGAGUCAUACAUUGAAAAUGACAAACUACAUGAAGAAGAAGAAACUAAGGAAGAAAUAUUUGACUCGAAGGAAACUCUUGAAAAUUAUAAAACCCUAGCAUUAAAAGAGAAGAAUCAAUUAUUAUUAAAAGAAAUAGAGAAGAAAGAUAAGAAAAUGAAUCAGAUUAAUACUGAAAAUGAGCGAUUACUAUCCUUGAAUCAUCAGUUACUUGAACAAAUGAAAUAA